ACAGGACUGUGUCUCUUACAGCUUUAAAAGGCUCCUCUGGUGGUCAGUCAUCUCAUUUUUCUAUGAAAGAUGGACAGUUUCCUCUUCCUUCAACCUCUGCCACUCAAGACAAACUUGUUCAAGUGGAAAGUCACAAUCAAAGUUCAGAAGGCAGACCUGUUAUUGCUACUAGAGAUAAGAGGUCACCUUCCACUGUUUUGGGGGAUCACCAUUCUAAACCAUUGGGAGGAAGACUACUUCGUUUUGAUCACUAUGAAGUUCUAGGAUGCUCUUCUUGUGGUCACUCCUCUCACUCAUUUAUGGAAUAUGGACAGAGUCCUUUUCCUACAGCCUCUUUGACUCAAGACAAACCUGUUCAACAGAGCAGUUACACUCAGGGUUUAAGAAGUAGACCAGUUAUUGCAACUGGAGAUAAGAGGCCAGCUUCUACUGUUUUUGGUGAUCAUCGUUCUAAACAAUUCAGAGGAGAAGUGAAUAAAUAUGAUUUCUAUGAAGCCCUAAAGGGCACUUCUGUUGGUCAAUUGUCUCAUUCAUUAAUGGAUUAUGGAGAAGAACAUGUUGAACAGAGAACUCAAACCCAAGAUUACCCGGAGCAACUUGAGAAGCUGAUCAGACGAGAGUACAAAGGCACUGUACUGUGUCCCUUCCCUUGGUGUGAAGAUGAAUUGCAAUUCGAACUGUCCAAGAUCUUUACAAGACUGACGAUGGUUAGCCGGGAGAUAGAACGAACGAAGUUAACAAAUGACAUCGUCCAAAUGACUGAGGUCUAUAGACCAAUUAAGAAAUGUGACUGCAAACGGAAAUGUGAAUGUGAAAAUGAAAAACCAAGAGUGGCGUUGAUCGAGGGGCUACCUGGGAUGGGAAAAACCACCUACUGUCAGAAGCUUGCAUAUGAUUGGUCAGUGGGGAACAUUACAACUGAAUCUUCUUUUCCUAAACUGGACUUACUUCUUCGGCUGACUUGUCGUGACAUAGAGACUGACAACAUCGAGGCCGCUAUCGAAGCUCAGCUACUACCAAUUGAUGUAAACAAGAAAGACAAGGAAAUUUUUUUCCAAUUUAUUCGCCGAAAUCAAUCUAGAAUUUUGUUGGUGCUGGACGGCUUGGAUGAAUUACGAAAUGAUUUGUUUGAAAAAUAUUUGCCUUUGAUUAAAGGAAAAGCAUUUCCUUUUACCUUUGUUAUGUUAACUGCUCGACACGAGGUAGGGAUGAAAGUUCGACCACACUGUGACGCGCUGUUUGAGAUUGUAGGCUACACCAAAGACGAUGCCGACAGUUACAUCAAGAAGUACUUCAGAAAGCACGAGAAUCCAAGUCUUGCUGAGGCAUUGAUCAAGGAAAUAAACAAGGACUCACAGCUCAGGGAAUUGACUGCCUAUGCACUGAACACAGCUCUUCUGUGUCUUGUUUUUGAAGGUACAAAUGGAGUAUUACCUUACAACAGAACCAUGUUGUAUAUUGAAAUUGUUAAUUGUGUUCUUAGAAGUUAUCGUAUAAAUAGAUCAAUGAAAAGAAUCUCUUUGGACGACAAGAAUCUCGUAGAGGAGUACGCUGACCAGCUAAAUCAGUUAGGAAAGCUGGCCCUUAAAGCUCUUCUACAAGAUCAAUUAGGUUUCACUUUAGAGGAGCUGAAAAAUCAGUCAACCGAAUUUCUUGAUCUUGGAUUUCUUUCUCGGCAGGCCAGUAAGAGCAGAGACAAAGCGAAACCGACUUACGCUUUUAUCCACAAGACUUUUCAGGAGUAUUUCGCCGCAUUCCACAUGGCGCAUGAGUUGCUAACUGCUGACGGGGACAAGACCGCCCUGCUGAAACAACUUAGCCCUAUUUAUAGGUACUGGCAGGUGUGGAAGUUUCUCAUCACAAUGGCAGCAAGUAAAAGUGAUGAUACAGCUGCCUUAUUGGUUUCGAGUAUAUGCGAUUCCUUUCAGCAUGAAAAACCUGACCAAUUCUCUAGCGAUACUAAAUAUUUACGUUACGUAUUUGUUUUUGAAGAUACUAACUAUGAUUGGGAGUUAGAGCAACCGACAAUGGUACGCUUUCCAGUUGACGAGCAGUUUUCGUUCUUAUUGAAAAUAGUUGAUGCUAUUAUUCAAUGUGAACAACCUAAAAGUGAACUUAAACCUUACCAAAUCAAGAUGGCCGGUACGCUAGCACGCUGUUUUCCCAGGAAUAGAAUAACAGUGAAUCAUAGUGGUUCGGGCAUUACCUUUGACUGUCGAUUUCCAUUCGUUUUCUCUGAAUAUCUAAAGGCCAACUGCAAACUGAAGACAUUAGCUUGGCAAAACGACGUAUCAAAUGCAAAAUUAGACGAAUCAGUAGUAGCAGCACUUGCUGAUGUCCUAAAAACAAGUCACACUAUGUCGCACUUAUAUUUGACGGACUACUCGUACAUCAUAUCACUAACUCCCGCUCUUCAGGAGAAUCACACGCUAACGCAUUUAAAUGUGCGUAAAGCCAGACUAAGGGAUGUGGGAGCCAAAGAACUCGGAAAAGUUCUCCAGUCAAAUGACACUUUGACCCAUUUGUGCGUAGCUGAUAAUGAGAUAACACCUAACGGAAUUGAAGCUUUAGCAGAAGGUAUGAAGUCCAAUAAAGUAUUGGAACACUUUAAUAUCGGGAAGAAUGGGAUUGGUGAUAAGGGAGCCAAAGCACUUGGAAUACUUCUCCAGUCAAAUCACACUUUGACUUAUUUGUGCGCAGCUGAUAGUGAGAUAACACCUAUCGGAGUUGAAAACUUAGCAGAAGCUUUGAAGUCCAAUAAAGUAUUGAAGCACUUGAAUAUCGGAAAAAACAACAUUGGUGAUAAGGGUGCCAAAGCACUCGGAAUACUUCUCCAGUCAAAUCACACUUUGACUCAUUUGUGCGUAGCUGAUAAUAAGUUAACACUCAUCGGAGUUGAAGCAUUAGCAGAAGCGUUAAAGUUCAAUAGAGUGUUGGAGGACUUGAAUAUCGGACAGAAUGACAUUGGUGAUGGGGGAGCCGUAUCACUUUCACAAGUUUUGGAGUCUAACCGAACUUUAAGGUGCUUAAAUGUGAGUGGUGACAGUUUACAUGUGCGUAUUGGUGGUUGCGGGAUGAGAAGUAUACUACACGCUCUCCUGUAUAAUAGUUCGCUGACUUACCUAGAUAUUCAUGGACAUGGUUUUAAUGACUCAUUACUAACAGAACUUGGAAAGGCUCUUCAGUCAAAAUGUUCUCUGACUCACUUAUGCCUGGGGAAGGCGGACUCUUUUCCCGCAUCUCGCUUUGGUGAUUCAUCAGCAGCAGCGUUUUCAAAGGCUCUUCAGUCACAUGACACUCAGCUGACCCGUUUAGAUCUACGAUCUACCUCAAUCGUCUCAUCAUGUGUAAUAACGUUAGCAGAGGGUCUCAGGGUUAAUGGCACUCUUGAACGUUUAGAUUUGAGUCAAAACCACAUUGAAAAUCGAGGCGCAGUAGCUCUUGCACAGGCACUGAAAACAAAUCAAACCCUGACGCAUUUGCAGCUGAGAACAAACCCUAUCGGUGAUGACGGAGCUAAUGAAUUUGGAGAGCUUCUUCAGUGCAAUAAGACUUUGAUGUUUCUUGGCUUGUUAAGGAAUGUGAUUACUAUGCCAGGAAUAGACUUCUUCAAGGCUGACCUUCGUGACCUGAAGACUGCGAACGUUGAGGAUGCUAUUGAUGAUCAGCUAUCACCAAUUGAUGUAGACAAGAAAGUCAAGGAAAAGUUCUCUCAUUUCAUUCGCCACAAUCAAACUAGAAUCUUGUUUAUGCUUGACGGAUUGGAUGAAUUACCGAAGAAGCUGUUCGAAGAAUUUAUGCCUUUGAUUACAGAGAGAGUAUUUCCUUUGACCUACGUUACGUUAACAGCUCGACACGAAAAAGGGGUGAAAGUUCGGCAAUACUGUGACGCGCUGUUUGAGAUUGUGGGCUACACCAAAGAAGACGCAGACGAUUAUAUUACUAAGCACUUUAGCAGCCACGAGAAACCGAUUCUUGCUAAGAAACUAAUCACGGAAAUAGACAGGGACUCACAGCUUAGAGAAUUGACUGCUAGUGCGCUAAACACAGCUCUCCUAUGUCUUGGUUUUGAAGAUACAGGCGGAGUAUUUCCUUACAACAGAACCAUGUUAUCCGACUCGCUGCGCCUGGAGGGUUUGGAUAACAAAACGAUCGUUAUUCUUACACUCAGUGAAACUUGGCUAGAUGACUGCUAUGGAGAUUCUCGUGUUACUAUUCCGGGAUACAAUUGCAUUCGCCUGGAUAGGUCUAGAAUCAAAGAAGGAUUUGGCGGAGUAGCAAUCUAUGUAAAGGAGGGCUUGUCGGUUCGUGUUAGGAACGAUCUUCACUCAGCCGCAAAUAAUUGCCUUUGGAUUGAGCUAACGCGCACUAAAUGUCGCCCAGUAUUGAUUUGUUGUGCAUACAGAGCUCCCGUUUUUGACUUUGCGAACUAUAUUUCAAACUUGGAGAUAUCUAUGAUAAAAGUUAACCUGGAUAAAUGUGAUUUCGUGCUUCUUGGCGACCUUAAUGCAAAUAUGCUGCCAUAUUCAAGGAAGAAAGAAAAACAAGAGCUUAAAAAAAUUGCAAUUUCACACGAUCUUACGCAACUCAUUACUAAGGCUACCCGAGUGACGGAAACCUCUCAAAUUUUGCUUGACGUGAUUUUAGUGAACAAUUAUCACCGCAUCACUGACUCCGGUGUUGUUCCUGUUUCACUGAGUGAUCACUACCUCGUCCAUUGUGUUUUAAAAGCAGGUAUAAUUAAGGCACCACCAAAAACAAUUGAAUACCGCUCUUAUAAAAACUUUCAUGAGAACACCUUCCUAGCGGACUUGAAUAGCGUCCCAUGGCACGUUACUGAAAACGAGGAAGAUAUCGACGACGCCGUGUUUAUUUGGAAUCAAUUGUUCUCUGAAAUAGCUGACCUGGAUUCGUCUGUAAAAAGGCGAAGAAUACGAGGUGUUCCGCUCCCGUGGUUGAAUGAUAAAAUCAGCGAGGUGAUGAAAGAUCGUGAUUUUCACCAUCAGGCAAAAGGGGAUUCAGGGAAGAUCUGGAAGGCGGUGAAUGAGGUGUCUUCUCACAAGACUAAAUCCUCGAGCCCACAAUGUAUCGUAGCUGAUGGUGUUGAACACACCACUCCAGCCUCUAUUGCAUCCGUGCUCAACUAUUAUUUCGCUUCCAUUGGCAGAAGUCUUGCACAUAAAAUAUCAGCUACUGUUAUGUUCCCAGUCAGAUCGACCACGAAAUUACAGUAUUUCUCGCUUUACGAAGUUGAUGAGGAAACAGUACUCAAGCAUCUGCUUUCUCUGAAGACAAAUAAAGCUAUCGGCCUGGACAACAUCAGUGCGAGACUCUUAAAGUGUGGCGCGCGUGUUAUUUGUCCCUCGAUCACCAAGUUACUGAAUCUCUCUAUUCGCACUGGCAAUUUUGCUGAAAUAUGGAAAUGCUCAAAAGUGGCUGCACUUUUCAAAACUGGACAUAGGACAGAUGCGUCAAAUUAUCGUCCAAUUUCUAUUCUGCCAACGAUGAGUAAGAUACUGGAAAAAGUCGUCCACUUCCAAUUCUAUGACUUUCUACAUUCAAAUAACCUCAUUUCAAACAAACAAUUUGGCUUCCGUUCCAAACUGUCUACAACAUCAGCUCUCACCAGUUUUGCAGAUGAGGUCCUAUUGCAUAUGGAGAGUGGAGAACUGUGCGGUGCAGUGUUCUUGGAUUUGACCAAGGCAUUCGAUACCGUUGACCAUAAGAUCUUGUUAUCUAAAUUAUCGGCUAUCGGUGUCUCGCCCAGCACGCUUCAGUGGUUCAAGUCCUACCUGAGUCAUCGUAAACAGCGGACCUCCUGUGGUGAUGCUAUGUCUGACCCCCUCCCGAUGACCUNUAUAAAUAAUUGCAAAGUGACUUUGUAUGCUGAUGACACGGUCCUGUACUACUUUGCUAAGGAGCCACACCUGUUGGAAGAGGCACUGAAUGAUGAUCUCUUGCAAGUUGCCCAGUGGCUACAUGGAAAUAAGCUAACUUUGAAUCUUACUAAGACGAAAUCUCACAAUUAUUAA